UAAAGGAAUCGACAUACGAGAGAUCACUAAAAGGUUUUCAAAAACGGUGAUUAACGAUCCAGUGGAUGGUGAAAUUUCUGAUAAUACGAAAAUACAUAUUAGUAAAUCAAUUGAUUAUGUUGACAUUAAUGAAGAUUACGAAUAG